AACUGCCAGAGGCAGAACUUAAUGUACAGCUCCACUUUCCUCCAGCGGUCUGAACAGGAAACUCGGGUUAUUUAUCGUUCUUGCCCAGUCUUCACAUUCAACACAGGAACACAUCCACACUUAGGCAUAGGAGAAAGCAAGAGGGAGGAGACCGUGCCCUACAGGAGGGCGGGAAGCUUCUAUUUUUGUGGGGCAGAGCUAGGUUCAUCCUCUGCUUAUUCUUAGCUGUAUAAACUUAGGCAAACCCCUUUCUCCUCAAACCUACUCAACUGGCCAGGGGCCCUCCUCCCCUUCUCUAGCGCUUUUCGGGCAGCCUGAAAUGCCCCUUCAUGUUGCAUUUAAGAGUAAAGGACUGCGAAGAGCAAGUCCACAUAGAUUCCAGAAAACGACUGUGGGCCUCACUUCCCCAAGUGCUGAAGAUAAAGCAACACGAUCGUCUUCUGCCAUCCACAAGGGACCCCGCACGCAAAACUCGUCCCCCGGGGUCGGCCUCUCGCGACUGCGCUAGCUCUCAGGCAGCUGGAGCGCGGCUCGCGGAGGCUCGGGGGCAGGAGGAGCGUGUGAGCUGGAGGCGUCCCUUUAAGAGCGGCCAGCCGGGCGAGCCUCCGCCUCCAGGACCGUAGCGCUGCCGGCCGUCACCUGGGGCUGUCGCGCAGCGGGAUCACGGCAGGAUCGGCGCGCUAGCCCUCGGAGUUGGAGCGGGGCUCGAACGUGAGUUGCGGCGGGGCAGGCAAGAAGCGCGACGAUCUCCCUCCACGGGUCCGGCGGAGGAUGCGGGAGAGCACGUGGGUGUCGCUGCUGUUGCUGCUACUGCUGCCCACACCGCAGCGGGGCGGCCCCCAGGACGGUCGCCGGUCCCCGGAGCCGGAGCCCGAGCGCGGCCCGCUGCAGCCCUUCGACCUGCUCUACGCCAGCGGCGUGGCUGCCUACUACAGCGGCGACUACGAGCGAGCGGUGCGGGACCUGGAAGCCGCCCUGAGCAGUCACCGGCGCCUACGGGACAUCCGCACGCGCUGCGCCCGCCACUGCGCGGCGCGCCGCCCGCUCGCGCCCCCCGGCGCCGGCCCCGGAGCCGAGCUGCCCUUCUUCCGCGCGGUGCUGGAGCGGGCGCGCUGCUCCCGCAGCUGCCAGAGCCAGCGCCUGGGCGGCCCCGCGUCCCGCCACCGCGUCAGCGAGGACGUGCGCAGCGACUUCCAGCGCAGAGUUCCCUACAACUACCUGCAGAGGGCCUACAUCAAGCUCAACCAGCUGGAAAAGGCCAUGGAAGCAGCUCACACGUUCUUCAUGGCCAACCCCGAGCACAUGGAAAUGCAGCAGGACCUAGAGGACUAUAAAGCUACAGCACAAGUGGAAGCCCCCCUGCUAGACCGCGAAGCCAAGCCACACCUGGAAAGCUAUAAUGCUGGAGUUAAACAUUAUGAGGCUGAUGACUUUGAAACCGCAAUCAAGUACUUUGAACAAGCUUUAAGAGAGUAUUUCAAUGAAGAUAUGGAGUGCCGUGCUCUAUGUGAGGGGCCUCAGAGAUUUGAGGAAUAUGAGUACUUAGGGUAUAAAGGUGGCCUUUACGAGGCAAUCGCAGAUCACUACAUGCAGGUUCUGGUCUGUCAGCAUGAAUGUGUGAGGGAACUCGCCACCCGCCCAGGCCGCCUCUCACCAAUCGAGAACUUUCUUCCCUUGCAUUAUGACUACCUCCAGUUUGCCUACUACAGAGUUGGUGAAUAUGUGAAAGCCUUGGAGUGUGCCAAAGCCUACCUGAUGUUCCAUCCAGACAAUGAGGAUGUCCUGGACAAUGUAGACUUCUAUGAGAGUCUGCUGGAUGACAGCACGGAUCCAGCAUCCAUUGAGGCCCGAGAGGAUUUAACAGCAUUUGUCAAACGUCAUAAACUUGAAGCUGAACUGAUCAAGUUAGCUGCAGAGGGCCUGGGAUUUUCAUAUGCUGAACCGAAUUACUGGAUCAGCUAUGGAGGACGGCAGGAUGAAAACCGAGUCCCUUCAGGAGUGAAUAUGGAUGGGGCAGAAGUUCAUGGAUUGUCAAUGGGAAAGAAGUCACCGCCCAAGAUAGGUCAAGACCUAAGAGAAGGUGGCCCUCUGCUCUACGAGAACAUCACCUUCGUCUACAACUCCGAACAGCUGAACGGGACUCAACGGGUUCUUCUCGAUAAUGUCCUGUCGCAAGAGCAGUGUCGGGAGCUGCACAGUGUGGCCAGUGGAAUCAUGCUGGUUGGUGAUGGAUACCGAGGGAAAACGUCACCCCACACACCCAAUGAGAAGUUUGAAGGAGCAACUGUUUUGAAAGCACUCAAAUUUGGUUAUGAAGGCCGGGUGCCACUGAAAAGUGCAAGACUGUUCUAUGACAUCAGCGAGAAGGCUCGGAAAAUUGUGGAAUCCUAUUUCAUGCUGAACUCAACCCUGUAUUUUUCCUAUACACACAUGGUCUGCAGAACAGCCCUGUCUGGGCAGCAGGAUCGAAGAAAUGACCUCAGUCACCCCAUUCAUGCAGACAACUGCCUGCUGGAUCCAGAAGCCAAUGAAUGCUGGAAGGAGCCUCCCGCUUACACCUUUCGGGACUACAGUGCUCUCCUGUAUAUGAAUGACGACUUUGAAGGAGGGGAAUUCAUCUUCACAGAAAUGGAUGCUAAAACUGUGACUGCCUCUAUAAAACCAAAGUGUGGCCGAAUGAUCAGCUUCUCGUCUGGCGGGGAGAACCCUCAUGGGGUGAAGGCGGUCACCAGAGGCCAGCGCUGUGCUGUGGCACUAUGGUUUACACUGGACCCUCUUUACCGAGAACUGGAGCGGAUACAGGCAGAUGAAGUGAUUGCCAUCUUGGAUCAAGAACAGAGCGGGAAGCAUGGAAUGAAUAUUAACCCCAAAGAUGAGCUAUAGAAAAGAGAGUGCUCUAUUGAAUAUUUAUUUAAAUAGAUAAUCUUAUGAGAACCUUUUUAUUUUUGUACAGAGCUGUAGUAUAAAUUAACAGGAUAUUAAGAGUCGUUAGAUUUCCCUGUUCCCAACUUUGCUUGAUUUGCUUUCUUCUGGUCUUAAUUGAUUUGCUUCAGUUCAUCAUUCAGAGCCCAGUCACACCCUCGAGUACACACCACACUGAGUCACAAUACCCACACUCUCCAUGUCACACCAGUAAACAUACAACAGAAAUACACUACCGAAGUGCACACAGGCCACUUACACAUGGCACAAACUCCCAAAUAUGCCACACAUACAUAAGACAAACAUAAGCAUACCCAAACACAUACCACCCAGAUACACAAACACUACAUUGCGCGCGCGCGCGCACACACACACACACACACACACACACACACACACAUACACAUACACAGUUACUUUGCUGCAUAUUCAGAAUCUCAACAUGAUCAGCCUGCACUUAGCACCCUACAGCUAGAGUGUGCCCGAGUCUAAAGAUAGGAUGUGAAUUGGUCUCAGGCUUCUAUGGUUUGCUGCCUUUCCCCCAUCACCUUUCAUGGCACUGUUGGCUGAGAGUUCAGACUCUUCACAGCAAGCUUGCCUCGUGUCUAGGAGCUUCCAGGACACAUUCUGCCUAGCCCCAAGAAUCACAGAGAACAGCAUCUUUCAGGCUUGAGGAAGCCACCACUGGAAUAAGGACUAUGGCACGGGGUCCCCUUGGGUAGAAUGUUAGGACUGGUGUUUUCAAAUGAAGUUCUGAUUCCCCUCCACAGUGCUCUGUAAAGGGGGACACCUAAACAGGCACACAGAGGUUCCAGCAGUGUAAGUUCACCCCAGUGGUGAUGGAAGAAUGAAUGCCUUUAAUUGCCCUGCCCUAGGCACUAUUGCUUCUGGAGAGGGGCUCCUGCUGGUAUAAAUUCAGAGCUGUUUCUCACAGGCUGCACCUCAAUGGCUUCUGUUGGACAGCCUCCUCUUCCUGCUGCUGUCAGCUCACAGAGGCAUGCUGUGUGUGAAGUGUUUAAUAAAGGGAUCCUUGUUACAGCACUUGUCUUCUGAUGCACACCCUAUUUUAUCUUCCAAUGAUGCUUUUGUAACUAUCUGGGACAACCCAGGAACAAUGGACCAUGACAACUCUGCCAGCAGACAGUGGUCUGCAAGAAAGUGGGUAACUUGCUUUGGAGGGAACAAGACUGGCUAGCAAGCUGGAGUGUUAAUUCAGAGAACUCAAAGACUUCGGGGUUCACUGCAAAGGCUCUGCUCUCAGACCACACCCACUGUUGCAAUGUGCUCCAGUAAAGGGGAGGUUCACUUUCUGCCACUUGUGAUCUGGAUAGGGCUUAGAAGACUUUGCUCGAUGGAACGGAGAAAUUCAACUACAGUGCUGUGUGUUGUUGGCCUACUACUGCCAAACCAGAAUUCUGGAUGCAUCUCUGCCAUAGAAGACUGGGCAAAGCUCUCAAUUCCCGGGUGACCUAAAGCAACUAACUCCCUUCCUCUUUCUGGACUCCAGUUCGUCUUCUGAAAAUGGUGUCAUUCAUUAUAAUUGUUUCCAAAACCCUAUGCCUUCCUCAAGAUUCAAACUGAACACAAACCAACAGCAAGACUAAUAUUAGAAAUAUUAAAAAAUACAAGCAAAUUUAUUUUUCUGCUAACAUCUGAGAGUGGCAAGUGACGUCACUACAGGUGUAUAUGGCUGUGAAACUUUUACCCCGACUUUACGGUUGACAGUUCGUGAUAUGUGGAGCAGUUAAUUUGUUUGUUCUCCUCUGCAAAGCACUUGCUGGCACAAAAACUCCAUGAUAGACAGAUCUGGGCAAGGAUCUAAUUUCUGUUUUCUGGUUACAAGACAUCAACAAAGAAAUCAGACCUUGGCUCUGCACAGUUCUUGUUUCCUGGGUGCGCUCGUGCCCUGGGAGAGGCAGCAGCUUCAGCACAGAAUGUGCCAUCCAGCCUGUAGAAAGUGGGUAAGCGCCUCAGUAGAUGCCGCCACUGUUGUGUGCGAUCCCAUCGUGUGUCACGCUGACAGCAGGGAGUGGUUGUUCCCGUUCUGCUGGUUGGCCAUGCUGCUUUACACCUGGAACAUCGAAGAUCUACUAAAGCAUUCAUUUUUUUUUAAUCUGCUCCACAUCAAACCAUGCAUAAUUUCAUUCAAAUAUUUAGGGAGUGCCAUCAGAUGACUUAGGAAAGCCAAACUCAGAAAUUAGAGUCUAUAUGUUAAAUAGUCCUGUUUGCAAAUAAGUGGAAAAUCCCAUUCGAAUAUUUGUAGUUAUAAGGGCUGAAGAAAGCCAAAGAAAUUACAAUCCAGUUCCCUCUUUAACUUUGGGCAAAAACUGAGGCUCCGACAUGAUGCUGUGAUGACCGAGUUAGAGCAGACAGGAGUAGAACUGAAGCCAGAGCUGUUGGAAUAUGGGAUACAAGAAUGCCUUGCCUGUGAGGCUGAAAUCUAGAUGCAGGGCUCCCUCUACCUAGAGAAUUCGUACGUUUAUCUCUUUGGCCAAAGAUGGAACUUGCCUCUCUCAUCCAUGCCACUGCAGGUCUAGAUCCUUCCACCAGGGCCACCUUUUCCCUUGUUUACACACAUGGACCCUAUGCUCACAGCAGAGUAAAUAACAAAGUCCUACUUUUUUUUUUAAUCACUUAAGGACCAUUUGUCCCUUCCUUUUUCAAAGUUCUAUAUUUCAAAGGCUGGUUUUCAUCAUCAUAAUACUGUAUUGAACAGAUAUAACACUAAACAUGCUCAUUCCUGGGGAAUGCAUACAUGUUCUAAGCCCAUUUAACAAUGCCCAUUUAACAGUGGAAGACAAAGAGAGCCAUGAACACUGUAAUGACUGCCUGUAGACAUUUUCCUUGACUUAAGAGCAUGGAGCCAGAGGAAGAAGCAAGAUCUUACCAGAGAAAAGCAAAACACUCUGAGAACUGUUGCUCUCUACGCCAUCUGCCCAGGCCUAACUAAUUUGCUAACAGGAAAGGUUUGAUUUUCUAGAAUCACAUAAACUCCUUUUCUUUUCCAACUAACAGCUGUGGGACAGCAUGCAUCUCCUUCUGUUCCAUGAGAUACAUCGGACACAAGUCCCUAAUUCAACUUGCUUCCAGUUCCUUCAUGAGACAUACCUAGUGCCCAGCAACCCCCAUGACAGGUAUAGAGAUCAUGAGGGAAUCAUGGAUGGUGUCUUUUUGCUGCCCCUCAAAGGUAGAGAUUGUCUUUGACUUAAACUUAGCGUGGACUGACCUAGGACAGUGUGACCUGGGAUGUGAAGUACCUUUCUGUAUAGCCUGCCUCUCAGCUGACAAGGACCUCUCCGUUUUCCUGGCUUUUCAUCAUUCACACAUAAGUAACAUUUCUUUGGCAUGUACUCAGCUGAAGAGGAGCCACGGAAUGAGUCAGUUCCAUUUAAUAAUUUAUACCUAUGAAUUUUAAUUGAAGUACAAAUGCUGAAUUAUUUCACAGAAGACAGCCACAGGGAACAACUCCCUCAAUGACGUCAAGGAAGGAGUAAUGGGGCCACCUCAGCAGCUCCUCAUGCCAAAGCAUUAAGUAUCCGGAGGAAGCUGAGAUUGUUGAAGCUGGAAAGUGGGGAAAGGGAGACAGAUCCCACACACUGAACUCUUGGGGGAAAAGAGGAGCCAUUUGGCAAAAAUUCCAAACUACAAGACCCUGGGUUUCUCCCACCUAUCACCAAGAAGCCUGUGGAAUGACGUUACCCUCCCACAUGGUCCCAGCAGCCCACCCACAAAUCUUCUGCUCCCUGACAAUUUGAUGUUUUCAAUUGGAGACACAGGGUCUGGUUUGUUUUUACCUGGUUAAUAGCUUUGGAUGCAUAGAGACAAGUCAUGUCAACCACCUUUGAGCUCACUGCUGGGCUGGAACAGUGGCUUUGUCAGACUGUCAAAGUCUCUGUUGCCUCCUCCUCCUCCUCCUCCUCCUCCUCCUCCUCCUCCCUACAGAACACAAUGCUUGCUGUGCCCACUACUGUCCUGACCUCUGAGAGCCAACAAUGACAAACUUGGAACAAUCUGAUCAUUGAUCCUGUUCUUCAGUACAAUGGAUGGCAGAGGCCAUGUGAAUGCUUGAUCCUGGUCUGCUAUACAAUGGAUGGCAGAGGCCAUGUGAAUGCUUGAUCCUGGUCUGCUAUACAAUGGAUGGCAGAGGCCAUGUGAAUGCUUGAUCUUGGUCUUCUGUACAAUGGAUGCCAGAGGCCAUGGGAAGUGCUUGAAUUAGUGAAUCAUCUCUGGCUUCAGAAAUCUUAUUAAGAAGCCAUAAUGCAAUAGCUGAAGAUUAUAUUCCCGCUCCUCUCCACGUUCCUGAAAUGAGGCUAGGGAGGGGGGAUGUGAUUGGCUGCUCAUUCACUGUAAAACAUACCUUUUUCUGGCCAGGGUAGCUGUGUAUCUGAAGGAGGCAGAAAUCAGGAGAGGAAAAUGGCCUGCUUCUCUUUCCUCCAUAGGACAAUAAAAGAGCAUCCAGGAGAAAGGUUGGGAGCUAUGUCUGCUCAUUUCCCCUGUCACUUGCUCACCACCCCCUCUGUCCUAGGUAAAUAAGAAUGACCCUUUUCCAUCAGGGUUUCCACUUCAACCUCAAACUGGAUAUUAGUCUUAUUUAUAUAUGGAAACCCUUCCUUAGGCUCUUCUUCUCUGACUUGAAUGCCUUCCCCUAUGAAGGCAGGUCCCUGACAUAAGUCUCAGGAGUCCUAUAGACCUUAGUUAAAGCCUUCCCCUUUCCAGAUUCAUGUUUUCACCCUUGAGUUACAUCUGGUGGUGGGUGGGGUAGAAGCAGGGACCGGGCAAGAAUUAAUGGCCGUGUCUCAUCUUUUUCCACUCACUAACCAUAUAUCCCAUUGUUUCAAAGACUUAUAAUCACAGUUGGCAUUUAUAACUCAUUUUAUGGUCUUGAAGCACUUGGCAUUCAUAUAUAAGUACAUAAUUAUGAGGGAUGUUUAAUACGAUCUUUAUUUUGUAGAUAGGAGGAAAGAGGCAGUCUUGGGGAAGAAGAUUGAACAAAGCUUUUGAUCAUUACUGAGUUUGUUUCUCAGAUAGUCUUGAGUGGCUACGUAAAGGCCAUGAGUAUACUGAGAAUGAAUGGAGGGACUCAGAAUAAAGUGAAGGAAAACCGAGGUCAAUGAAUUGGCAACAUAAAAUAAAUAGUGUAAUGCAUGAGUUAUGCCAGAUGUAGGAAGGAAUGGCCAGAUGAAUUCAGAGAAGGAGGAGGUCGGGAUGGUGAACAGGUUACAGAGGUGACAGCUGAACUGGUUGUUGAAUGCCCUGUCCUGAUUAAUUCUAGCAGAUGGGGCCCCGAACUCUCCCUGCACCAAGUCCCCAUGUGUGAAGUCCUAGGCGUCAAUGGGCCAGCUCCUGGAAGUCUAAAACACUGAGCCUUUGAGAGUUCAUAUUGAAGUUGUUGUUAGGGGUUAGGGUGAAAUAGGAUCUGUACUGCAGAUUGCCUUAGGAAAAAGACUUUAAUGAGUGCUGUGAAAAUCCAAAUAAAUACCAGGUAAGGAGGAAGUUUUAUUUCAUUCCCUGGCAAGAGAGUUAUUAUUUAAGUGGGUGGAGUGGCGCCCUGAGGGAGCGUGCUUCCUAUCCAAGAGGAGAGGAGAAGCUGCAGUCAGAAGUGGCUCAGAGAGGCCCUCACACAGCCAGAGCCCACGGCCUCACCUGCAGUGUUUCCUCUGCCUAGGAACCCAGGGAUCUUUCUGCCCCACACACCUUCGGGACAGUCUACUCACACAACCCCUUGCCCUUUCACAGCAGAGUCAGGAAGACAUUCUAGCCAUGAAGCAUGAUGUCUGAAAAGCUGAAAGCCUCUCGUAAGCUCAGAGGGUCAGGGCCGUGUGUGCGGUGUUAAAAGACAUCCUUCCCGGUAAUAUACAGAUAACAGGGUUUCAGAGUCCUUAGGAAACACUAGGAGAAAAUUAUCUUCAACAGGAGUUAAUGGAGCCAACUUCCCUUCUUUAAAACCAAAUGGUCAAAUAUUACACAACUUGUGUCCAAUCGCACUGUUUCUUCUCUCUGCCUGUUUUUUGGUCUGUUCACAUUCGCAAGUGCCUUUGAAGGUCUUAGGCAACAGUAUUCCUUAGAUUUUGAAGAAAUCACAGAGUGCCCGAGGCUCAGAAACUGACUUCAAGGCUUCUGGUCACCGGGACAAUGUUUUGGUUUCUCAUCAUCUCCAGUGUUAUUUAGCAACAUCUACUAAGCACACCCCUGCUUUCCCAUCCUAUUUUUAAAGCUCAGAGUUUCAGGGUAUGUUUUUCUUGUGAGAUAAUAUGAAGAUGAAUUAGUUAUAUUUCUUUGAAGUUAAUGUUGGUAAUUAAAUAACAACUGUAUUUCCCACCCCCCUCUAUGUAUUCAACAUCCACGACAUCACAUCUUUUUUAUACACUUUGCUUCUGAGCAGUCUUAAAAUAAUUUACUCUUCAGCUCUGUAUCAAGAGCUACCAUGCAAGGUUCCUUUGACUAGAGAGUGUAGAUUCCUGGGACAAUAUUCUUCUUUCUUGCUUCCUUUAAAAUGGACUACUGUGUUUUUCCUAACAGUCAGGUACAGCAGGUUAGUACUCUAUAUAAGAGAAAAAGAAACCUGAGGAAGGUAAAAUCUGACUGAAGUCAGUUCCCAGAGAAGCACAGACUGGAUGUGUUGUAGUUCUGACAGUUUUAAGCUACUGGGAUAAUUAGGAGGCAGGGGAGUGACCCAGAGUUAUUUGACCUUAGGCCUCACCCACUUCUACAUACGCCUGUAGAAAUCCUUAAAGGGUGACUCCUCCCAAGAUGGCGGCUGCCCUGGCUUGGAGCCUCAGUCUGAAAGCACUCUGUUCAGACAUGCUCUGGUUUCCUCACAGAGCACUCCCAGCCCUCUCUGAACUUCCAGGCCGCAGGCCUGAGUACAGGGUACAGAUUUUUCCUUCCAGACAUUUGGCUUGUGAGUGAAGUUUUUUGUCUUGAAGGGUAAUAAAAGCA